GGGAGCUGCCGAGCGGAGUCGAGCCGAGCCGAGCCGAGCUGCGAGGUGCCGGGGAGAGGCAGGCAGAGCCUGCCGGCGGCUCCGCACCCAUCGUGCUGCGUUUCCCGGCUCGGUGUCCCCCUGCCUUUGCCCAGGCCCCGGCAAAACUUUUAUUGUUUCGGGGACCCCCUCUGGAUGUGUGACGAAAUCGCAACGCUCCGCUGUCUCGUCCCCCAAGCUCGCCUGCAGCGGCGAUCGAGGGAACGUGCAACCCUCGCCGCCGGGCUCUUGCGCCCUGCGCUUCCUCACCUGCCGAUCGCUCCCGGGUACCGCGAGGGGGGACCCCUAAAGGGACCGCGUGGGCAUCGGCACCCCGAAAUCCUCUUCACCGUUGCGGACCGGCUAGGCGCAACUUUAACUUGAUUCCUGUCGCCCACCCGGGGCACCCGCGGCGGCCGCCGCCGCCGCCGCUGUCGCUGCGGUCUCACAAAGAGCGCGGGGAGGGAAGGCGGCGCAGGCGGCGGGCACGGGCCUCAGGGCUGCCCAGACAAAAGGGAAACUGCCAUCGUUCUGGACGAUUGUUCCGAGCGGCCGUGGGUUCACCCUGUCGGCCCGGGCUGCCUCACCGCCUUGGUUCCCGCGGGCAGUGCCCGCAGUACUCGGACCCCGCGAGCUGCGGGGCGCGCGUCGCUGCUGCUGGUCCGGGCUCUAGGGAUAAUAAAUGAUAGAGGAUACAAUGACUUUGCUGUCUCUGCUGGGUCGCAUCAUGCGCUACUUCUUACUGAGACCCGAGACGCUUUUCCUGCUGUGCAUCAGCUUGGCUCUGUGGAGUUACUUCUUCCACACGGACGAAGUGAAGACCAUCGUCAAGUCUAGCCGGGACGCGGUGAAGAUGGUGAAGGGCAAGGUGGCCGAGAUUAUGCAGAACGAUCGUCUUGGAGGACUUGAUGUGCUGGAGGCCGAGUUUUCCAAGACCUGGGAAUUCAAGAGCCAUAAUGUGGCGGUGUACUCCAUCCAGGGCCGGAGAGACCACAUGGAAGAUCGCUUCGAAGUUCUCACCGAUCUAGCCAACAAGACUCACCCGUCCAUCUUCGGAAUCUUUGAUGGGCACGGCGGCGAGACUGCAGCAGAAUAUGUAAAAUCUCGACUCCCAGAGGCUCUUAAGCACCACCUUCAGGAUUACGAGAAGGACAAGGAAAACAGUGUUCUGACCUACCAGACCAUCCUCGAGCAGCAGAUCUUGUCAAUUGACCGGGAGAUGCUGGAAAAGUUGACAGUCUCCUAUGAUGAAGCAGGCACAACGUGCUUGAUCGCUCUACUCUCAGAUAAAGACCUCACCGUGGCCAACGUUGGUGACUCUCGAGGAGUCUUGUGUGACAAAGAUGGCAAUGCCAUUCCCUUGUCUCACGAUCACAAGCCGUACCAGCUGAAGGAAAGGAAGAGGAUAAAGCGAGCUGGUGGGUUCAUCAGCUUUAAUGGCUCCUGGAGGGUCCAGGGAAUCCUAGCCAUGUCUCGAUCCCUGGGAGAUUAUCCACUGAAAAAUCUCAACGUGGUCAUCCCAGACCCAGACAUCUUGACCUUUGACCUGGACAAGCUGCAGCCCGAGUUCAUGAUCUUGGCAUCCGAUGGCCUAUGGGAUGCUUUCAGCAAUGAAGAAGCAGUUCGAUUCAUCAAGGAGCGCUUGGAUGAGCCCCACUUUGGGGCCAAAAGCAUCGUCCUGCAGUCCUUUUACAGAGGCUGCCCUGACAACAUCACCGUCAUGGUGGUGAAGUUCAGGAAUAGCAGCAAAACGGAAGAGCACUGAGCCCCGCAGGAACUCAGCUGCCCCAAACUAGAGGACUCUCAACAUACUGUUCUCUUCAUGUAGCAAAAGGUGUGGGCAUUAUAAUUAGGAUCAUGCAUCCCAACACAGAACCCCCUUCCCUGACGGCCUUGAAUCCCUUUGGAGUACUGGGCAGAGGGUUCCCUGGCUGACACCACAGAGAGGCUGCUAAGUUUGUGUUCCCCUGGCCCUUCUAUCAGUGUUUGAAACGCACACCAAGGUAGCCACAGAUCCCACAUAUGAGGCAAAGGAAAGGCAGACCAUAUAUUUUCCUUCUUAAUAAUGUACUUUUCAUAAUCUCUUUUGUGGUCCUUCAGGGACCUGACAUGGCAUCCUCUCUGGACCUGGGCAGGGCAAGCCGGUGAUGCCAACACAUCACCAUGACAAUGAGGUGGCCGUGCCCUCUGCCUCGAAGCAGUUUCUUCAAAAAUGCUCUCCCCUUCUGAGCCUUGGCCUUCAGUACUCCAGCAGCCUGGAAGGAGACAUGCAACACUUUGUCAUUUGUUGCCUGCUCUUAGAGACUGAAAGUUGGAAAGUCGGUGCAGCUUCCUGCACGCCAGACCUCCCCACUUCCCCUCGCUUCCUUCUUUAGUUCAGUAGAGUCGGGAUGUAGUUAGCCAACCCUUAUGCCUCUCCUUGUGGAGCGCAGCCUCACCAUUUGCUCACACCUUACGAUGCAUCAAGGGCCACCGCUGACCUCACCGUGAGACGUGAGUCUUUGUCUCCCCUCACCAAGACUCCACAGAGAGGGAAGGAAGCAGGGCGGAAAGCACAUCACAGUACAGUAUGCCCUUCCUUCUUCAAGGAGGAAUUAGACUGGGAUGGUUCUCCAUGCCCUUUUGAGAACCGCUGUCUGCUCUGGAGAGGAAGGCAGGAAUCCUGGGAUCACCAGCUCACACUCACCAGCUGCUGGUUUCUGCACAGCCCUUCCCAAGCCCAUCCUACCUAAUAGCUUUCAUGCCUUUCAAACAGUAUUGGGAGAAACAGCAACCUAGAAUCACCCACAGGCGCUGUACCCAGCUACCACCACAAGUUGGUAUUGGGGCACAAACUACUGGGACGUGCUUCCUGGCAAGAGAAAGACCUUUCAUGGUCGAUUGCAGAUCUCUGUCCAUACCCAGGCAAAUAGGAACUGUCUGCUGUGACCUGGAGGGAAAACAGCAGACUGGCUCCUGGGGACCUGUGUGCAUGGGUUGGGAGUUCAAGCAAGAACCCUCAGAGAUAAGCAGCAGAGUUACUUGGGGGCCUAAAUUACUGCUCUUCCUUCCCUGACACCAAAGUUGUGGGGUUUCUUUUUUCCCAGUCUCUGUACUUUGUAAGUUAAUUUAUAGGACAUAUUAGAUUGUCCUGUUUGCUGAUUGAACCAGCCCCAAAGAGCCAAGAUUUUCAUUGCAGACCUACACCAGAGCCCGCCUUGUUUUGUUCUCUCAGAGAGGCUGUUUGUCGGCAUGACAUCUCAAGCCCUGCUCAUUAGCUCUCCCUACCCCACUGCCCAGCCCUCUCUCCUUCAGCUGCAGGGCGUGCAGGAAGCCCAGUCUGGACAAUGAAAGACUUGGACUCCGAGGACUGCAGACUGUCUGGAUUCCUCCGGGAACUUGCUUUCCUCUGACUGCAUCGAGAAUUAAUAAUGGCUUCCCAGGAAAUUUGCUUACUUUUGUAUCUUGUGUUUUCAUCAUUGGAAUUAGGGUCUUUUCUGCUUCUCAGACUGUUUUAGUACAAAAUACAUUCUGUCGUGUUAGACGGAAGCAUUGGCUUGUGGAGAGCCGUGGGCUGAUGGGUGUGGAUUAUGCGUUAGGAGGAUGGGGAACAGAGAAGUCAGUUAAACAGUGGGUUUAACCAGUGAUGGGAUGAGCUUGUUGGCUUAGAAUGCUUAGUUAGAACUAAAGGUCCAGCCUCAACAGCCUAGAGAGUCAACUUCUCUUUUCUGUUUUCUGCUUAACACAAAAGUAUAUAACAAGAGGAAAAACAAUAAAUUUGAGACACAAAUGUUUGGGUGAAGAAAGAAAAAGCUACCAAAUUAGGCAGUUGGUACUCCUUGAGCAAGCAGGGUUUCUUAACCAGCAUUGCCGACUACCCUAGUUACAGAACCUUCUAAUUGAGGUUUAUAGAUAUAUCUUGUACAUUUUGCUUUGGAGAAGUAACUUAUUUAACCAAAUAGGAAAAAAAAAAAAAAAAAAAAA